AUGUCUCAUUCUCACGAGGGCGUCUCACACUCACACGACGGCGGCUUCAAUGCCCAAGAGCACGGCCACUCGCACGAAAUCCUCGACGGCCCAGGAAGCUACGUCGGCAGAGAGAUGCCUAUUGUCGAGGGCCGUGAAUGGUCCGACAGAGCCUUUACGGUUGGCAUUGGCGGACCCGUCGGCUCAGGCAAGACGGCGCUGAUGCUCCAGCUCUGCCUAACCCUGCGAAAGGAAUACUCACUCGCCGCUGUAACAAACGACAUCUUUACCCGCGAGGAUGCCGAGUUCCUCACUCGCCAUGCGGCCCUGCCUCCCGAGCGCAUCCGAGCCAUCGAGACCGGCGGCUGCCCCCACGCCGCUGUCCGCGAAGAUAUAUCCGCUAACCUGGCUGCUCUGGAAGACCUACACCGUGAGUUCUCGGCCGAUAUUCUUCUUAUUGAAUCCGGUGGCGACAAUCUGGCUGCCAACUACAGCCGCGAGCUGGCCGACUUUAUCAUCUACGUUAUCGAUGUCAGCGGCGGCGACAAGGUCCCUCGUAAGGGUGGCCCUGGUAUCACACAGAGCGACUUGCUUAUUGUAAACAAGACGGAUCUUGCGGAGGCUGUUGGCGCCGACCUCAGUGUUAUGGAGCGAGACGCCAGGAAGAUGCGAGAGGGCGGCCCUACAGUCUUUGCCCAGGUUAAGAAGGGUGUCGGCAUGGAUCACAUUGUCAACUUGAUCCUGAGCGCAUGGAAGGCCAGCGGCGCUGAAGAGGAGAGAAGAACACAAGGCGGACCGAGACCUACCGAGGGAAUUGAGAAGCUGGAGAACCCCAGUGCCUAG